GCGCAGAGCCUGCCCGCGAUCGGCCUCGAGGCGCAGAGCCUGCCCGCCAUCGGCCUCGAGGCGCAGAGCCUGCCCGCCAUCGGCCUCGAGCAGUGUGACCUGCCCGCAGGAUCGCAGUCGCUGCAGGCGCUCGACGAGAAGCUGAGGAUGGCGCACGCGUCGGCGCAGCAGGGCGAUGUGCUGAAGGCGAAGCAGGCCGAGUUCAACGAGAUGGGCUCAGGCGCAGACGAUCCGAGCAGGCCGAAGCUGAAGCAGGACAAGGUCCUGGAGACGGCCUGGUCGGCUCGCGCCUGCCCCGCCAGGGGCGCCACCGGAGCGCGCUUCUCAAACUUCCUGGAGUCGAGCGAGGAGGAGACGGCGAAGUACAAGGCGUGCAAGGGGCACGCUGCCAAGGAAGCGUUCAGGAUGGACUGGCUGGAGCAGCAGUACACGAAGUACAACAAGAAGCGGAGCUAUGUCGAGCGCGUGGAGGAGGCCUGGCAGGACUGGGGCUCGUACGAGCCCUUCGAGGUGAUCGCGGGGAAGGAGUCGGGCGUGGGCAUCACAUCAUCAGGUGCCAGAGCAGCCUUGAAUAUAUGCAUGUCGUGCAUCAAGCUCGGCAACGCGUGGGUCCGCUGGAAUCGCCAGUCGAAGCGGAUCGAGUUCCUGCGCAUGAAGAAGAGCUACUCGUACGAAUUCGAGAAGGCCCGGGAGCAGUGGGAGCAGCUGGGCGACGCCGAUACCGCCGCAGUGGAGACCGCCAUCGAGGGGGCAGAUGACAUCCUGAAGGAGAUCGGCACGGCGGUGGGCGGCGCCCCUCGCGCGAGCGCAGCGCUCCCCGCGGCGCCAGCGUCGCCGAGGCGGGCGUCGCAGCAGACGCCCGCGGCCUCUGAGGCGGCCACGCCCGCGGCGGCAGCCCCCGCCGCGCCCGCGGCCUCUGAGGCGGCCACGCCCGCGGCGGCUGCCCCCGCCGCGCCCGCUGCCUCUGAGGCGGUCACGCCCGCGGCGGCUGCUCCCGCCGCGCCCGCGGCCUCUGCGGCGGCCACGCCCGCGGCGGCUGCCCCCGCCGCGCCCCGCCCAGCACCGCCGAAUGAGACGCCGCCAGCAGCGGCCGCCGAGGGGGUUGCAGCGGCGGGGUCUGCGCCCAAGACGGUCGGGCCAUCGGCGGCCACGGGCGGGCGCUCAUCAGGUCAGUCCUCGCGGGCCGCGUCGCCAACGGCGAAACGCCAGAGGCGCGCGGCGGCAGCCGCAGGAGGCGGCGGCGGAGGCGGUGGUGGCGCAGACGCAGAUGCCAGCAGCGACCCGAGGCAGAAAGCGAAGGAGCUCAAGAAGACCACGGACGCAGCCAUGAAGGCCAUCAGCGAGUACGGUCAGGUCUGCAACCAGGCGAAUCUCCUGAUCAACGCGAUCGAGAACCAGCCCGAGUACAGCUGGGCGAACAACCAGAACAAGCACGGUCUCAAGAGGGCCCUGGAGGAGGUUCAGGCGACGGCGAUGCCAGGGUCGUUUGUGAAGGAUCUGCUGAUGCAGAACGUGAGCUACAUCAAGAGGGCCCGUGGCAACGCGUACUUCGAGAGGGAGAUCGCCCACGUGCCCAGCAUGCUCAAUCCGAGCAUGAACAGGCUGAAGGCGGAGAUCGAGAGCAUCGGCGACAUGCACGCCAUCAGGAUGCGCAACCAGCAGGCCGACGCCCAGCGGAAGAAACAUGCAGGGGACAUGCUCGCGCGAUACCUUCUGGAGAUGUACGCGGGGAGUAGGCCUAUGACUGCGAAGGACCUGUGCUCGAUCUCGUGGUACUGUAAGGAGGGGGGCAUCACGGGGGACGUUGCUCAGUACGGGCUCAACCCAGAUUGCAGCGCAGGUGGCAACUUCCGGAGACACUUG